AUGGGGACUGACGAUCAUGAGAUUAAUAACACGUGCGAUAGAAAUACAGACGAAAUGACACACGACAACAAUCUGCAAAAACCCUGUAUUUACAAUAAAUAUUUACCAUUUUAUGAUUCUAUCAAACGGCAAGGUGUUAACAAAUUUGAUGAAAUUCGAGAAAAUUUAUCUCGCACCAUCCAAUUGAAUGAAUUACAACCAGGCUUUUCAUUUUGGUCGAAUGCAUUGAAAGAAUUCAUUACUCUCUAUGGAUUUUAUUUUACCAAAGACAAUCAUCUGAAACUCGUCAAUUUUUAUCUGUCAGUUCUUUCUAUUACUGAUCUGCAAUACACAAGUGUGAAAAUAUGUUGUGAACUACUUUCAACGCUUUUACGGAAGACGCGUUUAAUCACAAGAGAUGAUUUGGUCAUUGAUUGGCAUACGCUCUAUCGAUGGGCUAAACUGGUUCAUAAUAAUCACGAUAAAGCUCACGCACUAGUCACUUUACCAGAAUUAUGGCUAUCGGAAUUUUUCGAUAUUUGGGAAAGUAUCUACAACCGAACAGUGUGGGAAUUGCACAUGAUUGGGAUUUUUUCAUCAGCAGCAUGGAACAAUAUUGGUUAUAUAGAUUGGGAGCCGUGGUUAGCACAAAUCUUUACGCGUAUACUAAGAGGCUUUUCUCUGCCGGUUGGUAAAAUGCAAACGUCUCCGCAGAGAUAUCGUUAUAUCACACGUAAAAUUGCAAGAUGGAUCGUUGCCAUGAUGGGCAACGGAAGUGCAUGUCUUACAUAUCUGGACGAUCUACUGAUGGCAAUGAAAAAUUUCUACCAUCCAUCAAACACAGGAAAGUUUCAGAAAAAUCUGGUAGAAUUCCUUUUGGACCUUUCUGACAAUUUUGUUGAUCGAGUUCGUUUGGAACGCAAAGCUCAUCCUGUUUGGUGGUUUCAACCGCAUGAAUCGUGUCGCUUAACAGAACAAAACAUCACGGAUUUUGUCAAUUGUAUCAAAGAUUAUGUUUUCACGUCUAUCUUUAAUAAAGAACAUGGACAAAAGGCUAUAGAAGCCUGCCAAUAUCUCUCCAUGCUUCGGCCAGAAUUGAUUGUGUCACCGAUGGCUGAAACAUUGUUUUCAUCGAUUGAAAAUAUCACUGAACCUCACCGUUUCACAACCAGUGUGGUUUGUUUAACGCAUCUUGCGCGCCAACUAGUUCGACAAACAUCUUCUUACUCUGCGGGACAAGUAUAUGUGCUACCAUUGCUUAUGUCUGUUUUACCUGGAAUAGAUUUAAAUGAUCCGAAAAAGAUUUCUACAACAUUGAAAUUUCUGAAUACUGUUUUAUCACUUAUCACCUGUGUUGAUUGUUCAUCGGCAGUACACAUUCGAAAUGAUCUAACAGAGAUCGAAAAGCAAGUGUGUUUAUCAACGAAAUUAUUCGAAAAUUUUAUCAGUACAUUUCUCGAUCGAGUAUUUCAAAUGAUCGAACACUUAUCGAGCGAUAUGUUCGAUGCUACGAUGAUUACUGACGAAGUUAACAUUGACUAUAGAGACAUCGAGUUAUUGCUCGAAUCAAUUCUACGUAAUAUCACUGGGCAGUGUAGUAGCACAAUCUAUCGGUUCGUUCAAGAGAAGUUAACGAACUUUCUUUCUGGUGCUUACUUUUCACCUAAAGUCAAAGGUUUUGUAUCCGCUGUUGUUCGAGCCUUGCUCCAUGGUAACCCUGUCGAAGCACUCAAAUGCGUCUUACCGAAAACAUGUGAAUCUAUUGAAAAGAUCAUGAAUCAUGCUGACACAACUGAAUUAUUCAUUAAUGGCAAAGAGGAUCUCGAACUUAUUUGGUAUUUAACUCUUUUCUCAGAACUUGUUCGUGCUCGUGGCGACACUCUACUCAUCUACAAACCAAUGAUUAUGUCAAUAUUUCAUCGAUCUACUCAUAUCGUUCACAAAUAUUCAUAUGAAAUCGUAGCUAAUGCAGCCAGAGAUUUACUCGAAUCGCUCUCUUAUGUAUAUCCAAUCGAAUAUAAGCUAACAAUUGAAAAUCUCGACGAACCAUUCAUCGACUUUUUACCGAUUCGAGUAUGGGGACAACCUGUCGACUUCGAUCGAUUCCAAAUGCAAUACCACAUUCCAAAUGUGGAUGAAAUCGAUUUUGCUUGCGAGUUUGUCAAAACAUUUCUCUAUUCUGAAUUGACACUUUUAAAUGAGAAAAUGUUGAAAUUAUCAAAUCAUGAACGAUCAAGAUCGCUUACGUUUGUUUAUAAUAUCGCUCUUGGAUAUUUUCAUAUGAUACCACGCAUCGAAAGUGAACAAUUAGCUGAUCUUGUAUUAUCGGUUGUUCCCUACAAUUCAAAAUAUCAAUUCCAAACUUCAACAUAUAUGAGAGAAUCAAAAUUUAACGAAAAUUUGCGCAUGCGUCUUGUUAAUGAUAUUGGAAAAUUACUCGAUUUACUUGUAGAAAAUCAUUCAGAUGAUGUUUCAUCCAUGAAAAAAGCACUUAAGGCAAAUAUGAAUUUCGACUGA